AUGUCUCAUGGUCAGAAGAGGCAGUGUUUCCAGUUUCAGGGAGAAUCUCAGGCCCAAAGAGAAGAAAAGGGCCUGAUGGCUGAGUGGGGAGAGUCCACUGACAAUAACUCCUCCUCUUUCAGUAGCCCAACCCUUCCCAGGAAGAAGCCCGCUGGUGGAAUACCAAUUCACCAGAGUCCUCAGAGAGCUCCGUCUCCUCCCAAUGUCAUGGCUGCCAUUCCAAUAUCCCCAUCUGAUGAGGCCCCUGGCUACCAAAGAGAGGAGGAGCCCAUUCAAUUGCAGCAUGCACUAAUUGCAAAGGUGGGUGGUGUGGUGCAGUUCCUGCUCUUCAAGUACAGAAUGAAGGAGCUGACCAACAAGGCAGAGAUUGUAGAAAAUAUUAUCAAAGAUGAUGAGCCGCAUUACGAUAGGAUCUUUAAUGAGGCCACUGUGGGUUUGAAGAUAGUCUUUGGCCUUGAUGUGAUAGAAGUGGACCCUGUUGUCCAUACCUAUUCCAUUGCCAUAGCCCUGGGGAUCACCUAUGACGGCAUGCUUACUGAUGUCCAGGGCAUGCCUAAGACAGGCCUCCUAAUAAUUGCCCUAGGUGUCAUCUGCAUGCAUGGCGACCGUGUCCAUGAGGACGUGAUCUGGCGAGCACUCAAUAGGAUGGGAGUAACUUCUGUGGAAAAUCACUACGUAGCUGGGAAUGCCAAGGAGCUUUUCACUGAAAAUUUUGUGCAGGAGGGGUAUCUGCAAUACAGUCUGGUGCCUGACAGUGAUCCCCCUCACCACGAGUUCCUGUGGGGCCCAAGGGCCCAGGCUGAAGCCAGAAUUAUAGAUGUCUUAGAGUAUUUGGUUUGGGUCAACAGUAUGACCUAA